AUGAAUAGAACCGAAACGAACAUUCAAGUCUUGGUGAACGCAUGUGCGAAAGUUCUGAAAACGAAAGAGACGGACGGGCAGGAGAGACCAUCGGAGAUCAGUGUUGCUGCAUCCUACCGGUUGACUGAAGAUGAGCCGAAUCCCAUAUUGAUGUGCUACCAAAGACAAGGCGAAAGCGCACCACAC